AUGGUUCUCAUGGGUUGCAUGUCCUUUUUGGUACCUUAUGCGGUUUGCGUCAUGUUGUUAAUGCCUUUGCCUAAGUUGAUCCAGAUGGACGAGGUUACGCUCCAUACCAUACCCUUCGUUGUGGCGUUAACCUCCAUGACAACAUUUCCCGCUGUCACGAGCACUCUCUCCGACUUAAACUUAUUGAAUUCAGAUCUCGGUCGCUUAUCCUGUAGCACUGCUUUGGUCACCGAUUUUUGCAGCUGGAUCACGGCUCUAGCACUGUCGACUAUCGGUGUAGCGUUAGAAAGACAAGACUGGAAACCGUUGAAGAACGUGUUUUGGAUCGUUUGCUUUUUGAUCUCCAUGUGUUUUGUUCUCCGCCCAUUUGUGUUGUGGAUGGCCAAGAGGAUUCCUGAAGGGCAGGACAUAAAAGAGAGUCAGUUUUUAGUAGUGCUUGUGACUGUUUUGCUGUGUGGGUUUCUAUCAGAAUGUUUGGGGCAAAAUGCUUCAUUCGGGGGGUUUACGAUGGGCAUAUGCGUGCCUGAUGGGCCCCCGUUUGGUUCGGCUAUUGUGAACCGAGUUGAUUGGAUGGCGACUACCAUUUUGGUUCCUGCCAAAUUUGCCAUCAGUGCAUUUAAGGUGAAUCUCAAGUCACUUGGAGGUGAUGAGGUGUUUGCUGCUUUGAUCACUGAGGCUUUCAUUACAUUAGCAUACAUGGCUAAGUUCAUUAGUAACUUUGUUUUAGCCUUGUAUUUCAGUGUCCCCUUGCAGGAUGCUUUUCAUUUCUCUAUGAUCAUGUGCACCAAAGGCAUCAUUGAUGUCUCCGCCUUUUCGCUUAUACGAUCUAAUGAGGUUGUAACAGAUCAAGCAUACUCACUUCUAAUACUCAACAUGCUAUUAGUAACCGGAAGUACAAGGAUUCUGUUAUGGCAUUUCUACGAUCCAUCAACAAGAUACCAAACAUACAAGCGAAACAGCAUCUUAGAAUCCGAACCAACCGAUUUCUUUAGAAUGGUGGUUUGCAUUCACAACGACGAAAACGUCACAUCGAUCAUAAACCUACUAGAAGUAUCAAAUCCAACACGACAUCAACGUAUGGAAGUCACAACUAUGAGCUUACAUCCACUUGAAGGUAGAGCAUCAGCCAUUCUAGUCCCGAUCUCCGAAGUUGAGAAGAUCCCCUCGGCCCAGAACCGAGUGUUACAGAUGGGAAAGGCGUUUUAUUACUUUAUGGAACGCAACCACAACUCGAUUAAUGUCGAACAUUUUGUUGCAAUGGCACCAUACGGCAGCAUGCAUGAAGAUGUCAUCACAAUAGCUAUAAACAAAUGUGCUAACAUUGUUAUCGUCCCGUUUCACAAACGUUGGGCGAUCGAUGGAAGCGUUGAAGCUGCAUUUCCAGGGAUUAGAUCAGUCAACUUAAAAAUCAUGGAGAAAGCCCCGUGUUCGAUUGGUAUACUUGUCGACCGAGGCCAGAUAGGUGGACCGAACUCUGUGUUAACCAGACGAACCAAAGUAUUCCGCAUAACCCAGUUGUUUCUUGGCGGUGCGGACGAUAGAGAAGCGCUUGCAUACAGUAGUCGAAUCGUGCAGCACCACCACAUUAGUUUGCUACUGGUUAUACUACAGCCGAAGCAGACGGAUGUGGAGAUGGCACCCGAGAUGCACGAAAAGAGAAUGGACCACGAGAUUAUCGAUCGGUUUCGGAUGGAGUGUAAGGGACGAGAUGUAUAUAUUCAACAAGAGGCUGCAAAAGAUGCGCAGGAAACAAUGCAUUUGCUGAGAGAAAUGGAAAAAGGGUGUGAUUUGUUUAUAGUUGGCCGGGAACAUGGGUAUGCGUAUUCUCAGCUGACGUAUGCCCUAUCAGAGUGGUCACAGUGCCCGGAAUUGGGCAGAAUCGGAGACUUGUUAGCCACGUCAGAGUUUAAGUUUUCAGUUUUGGUGGUGCAGCAACAGCCUAUGGAAAGAAUACAGUCGGGUCGGGUCAGUAGUGCCCGUAUCGUAAAUGAUUCGGGGAGGCUUAGCAGUGCCCGUUUCUAAAUACAAUCAUGUAGAUGUU